AACUCGCAGCAACCGUCACUAAACGGUGUGCAGGCGUUCAACGGCAACCCGCAGCAACCGUCACUAAACGGUGUGCAGGCGUUCAACGGCAACUCGCAGCAACCGUCACUAAACGGUGUGCAGGCGUUCAACAGCAACCCGCAGCCACCGUCACUAAACGGUGUGCAGGCGUUCAACGGCAACCCGCAGCCACCGUCACUAAACGGUGUGCAGGCGUUCAACGGCAACCCGCAGCCACCGUCACUAAACGGUGUGCAGGCGCUUUCAACGGCAAUAAGCCCGUGGAACCUACGGCUACUAAAUAACAUACAAAGUAAUCAGAAUAACAAUGAACCGAAAACCAAGCAAUUCGAUGGUACCCAAUCACAGGCUGUCGAGUGGAUGGAAAAUUUUGAUUACCUCGUUACAUCAAUUGGAUGGAAUGAAGACAAGCGUAAGUCUAAAUUAGGUACGUUUAUGAUCGGUGCCGCCAGAGAUUGUUUCAAUGGCCAGCGGAAUUAUCAUCGAGACAAUUGGAACUACAGAAGCAAUCGCAAUUACCAAGACUACCGCGAACCCAAUAAUGGACAGCGAAACAAUAUGGCCGCUAUUGUCCAAUCAGAUGAAACUGAAGACAAUAUACAAGAGGCUAUUAAAAUUGUAACCGUUCCCAAGUUGCGACUUGUCGAGGUCGGAGAUUUAUCAGGGGCCCAAAUUGAUGGAUAUACCGAUCCCGACAACUUGCUUGAUACCUUUAUUGAUUAUGGCUGUGCGCGAGCCAAGUUACCUGACCAGACCCGAACCUUAGAGACCAUUCGGGUCUCUACACUAUUAAAGGCAAGUAUUAAGCGGUGGCGAGUGAUGGAGCAAAACGACAUGAUAUACGUCUGGCAUCACACAAGCGAUGCAGAGCCCGACCACUGCCUCCCAGACCUGUCCAAGAAGUACAACAUUCCCAACCUUACAGUACUCUCCAAUUACACCUACAAGUUAUACACAUCAUCACAGACCAUUUCUAAACAUUUGGUCAAUCUAAAUGGCACUGAAGACAACCCGAUGGUCGUAUUCAUUGAGCUAUAUAAUUUUAAUUGCAAAACGACCACCAUGCAUCUGGAGCAAAGAGCGUGCACACCCGCAUACGCCGAGUCCCACAUCAAAUACAUCGGUAUACCAGAGGUUACGCCCGCGAUGUUAAUCGUGUCGGGUAUCAGUUUGGCGCCCGAAAGGAUGCUCUUCACCACCCGAUUCCUGGGCACUCCUACCCUAUGGAAUCAAAUUGCAUUGUCUGAAUUGGUGGACCACAACGUAUAUCAAAUGGUCCGACGGAUUAAAGCCGAUAAUGAGGGUAUGAGUCGACCGUUUUCGUCGCACGACUACGUCUAUGAUGUGUUUGCAAAUAUUUUAGCCUCAAUUGUGUUUAGCGAAAAAUUGGACAGUGAUCAGGCUGAAUUAAAAAUGCUGAAAUACGUCACGUCUGACUUUCUACCUGAUCUUGACUUUUGCGAUAUACAUAUCGCCGCCAAACACGAGGCCAUAGCUGAUGACAAACGGACGGCACCCUAUUUUACCGAUGAUAACCUGCCCGUCGUUUUGAUUGAACUCAUUAUUGCCUAUUACCCGAAUUACCAGGAUAAGCUGCGCACAGAGAUUAGCCGAGAGAUUGGCGAUCGGGUGCCGGUAGUAGAGGACAAGUGCCGUUUAAACUACACGAUGGCCUUUAUAUCGGAAAUGUUACGGCACAGAAAUCCCACACCAAUUGGAAUAUUUCAUAAGACCAUGGUGAACACCAAAUUGGGUUUGAAUUAUUAA